ACUUAAAUAUCUAACUUUUAGGAAAGAAAUUAUGUGUUCUUAUUGUACAAAUAGAAAACUUGAUAUUUCAGUGGCCAAAAAAUUAGCAUGUGCUAAAAAUAAAAAGUAUGCUAAAAAUAAAGAAUGUUGGUAUUGUAAGUACAUGAAACUUGGACUUGAAUUCACUCAGAAUCUUGCAAAUAAAAGAGGCGAAAUAUGUAUUUCUAGUUCUUAUCAUAACAAAUAUACUUCAUUCUUUUGGAGAUGUUCUGAAGGACAUUCAUA